AUGCUGGCCGUCGAGGUGGUGGACGACAGCCGCCUGGAUCAUCUUCCAGCGAGACCCCCGACACCCCCUCAAAGAAAAGGGUCCGAAUCCGAUGUACAGUUGAGAUUGGCACCGGAGACCGUCGUCCCACACCGAAACCUGCACACACCCCCAAACGCACAUACUCCUUCGGCUCUAGGGAGUUCUCGCCGGAAGAAGGUCGAGUUUUCGGCGCAGACGGAAUACAGAGAGCCGCUUGAAUACCAAGGGAACGAUAAUGUCCGCCGCCAAAGAACCCCCGCAUCGAUCCCCCAUCGCUCAGCACCCGUCAAGUCCAUACUAAAAGUCACAUCCUCACCUGCGCCGAACCCGCUUGAUCCGGCAAACGGCUGCAGCCCCGGCGGUAUCAACCUGCCUAACAUGCUGGAAUCAUCUCUCGCUCAACUAGCCGGCAAUGACCGUGACGCCAAGGUCGAUGCCUAUACCAUGAUCGUCAGGGCGCUCAAGAUUUCCAACAACCUCCCCGACCGCAUCGCUUUGCAGGACAAAAUGCCACUAUUUAUGCAGUUCAUCCAGCGCGAUAUCUCGACAACUACCGGGGACGUUUCUCUGGUUAACCAUGCAUACCGCCUACUUACCACUUUUCUCCACUUUCCUGCCAUUUCCUCUACAAUUGCAAACGAGUCCGGCAUCUUUAUAAUCGACCAUUGCAUCAAGAUACUUAGUGAUGCCUCAAUCUCUAAAGAAAUGGCCAAGAACGUCCUCUUGAUACUCUCAGCGCAAAGCUUCUCGCUCAAGGUCAUGACCCCGGACCGCGUCGGCAAAGUCGUUGCAGCCUUGCACUCGAUCCCAGAAAGUAUAAUGGACAACAAGAAUGCGUUCAUUGGCCGUAUGUCGGCAUACAGGAAUUUGGUCAAAAAGUACAAGGCUUCAAUGGUUCAACAUUCGGAAUGGUUGCUCGACUUCUUCAUGGCCAUGGUCACGAACAAGAAGGAGGUUCUCCCCGAGAUCAUACGCUAUGUCGAAGACAUAACCGUUAUGCUCUGCACUGAGAAGCCAUUUAUUCGAAAGGUGCUUGCUUUCCUUCAGCAGCCAUUUCCCACCCAGGAUGACCGCUCAUUUGUCGAGUGGUUUGAGGGAAAGCUUCAGGAGAUGCUGCUGAACCAAGAGACCUGCCGUUUUGUUCCCGUCAUCUGGAGUGUUGUGACUGUGUUGCUACCCAACAUCGGCGAAUGGGACUUGUUUACCAAAUGGAUGAGACUCAUAAUGGCCUGUUUCAACCACAAGCUGAUUCAUGUUCAAAUCGAGGCCAACCGUGCCUUUCCCCGGCUUGCAUAUGCGUUUUUGAACGGGAAUCCCUCUAUUGGCAAGAAGCACCUGAGCCUACUCUGCUCGCCAUACAACGCGGCCCAGAAACGUGCAACUGGCGUCGGCAAGGAAUUUGAUGAGUUAGCAGAAGCCAUCCUCAACGGCAUUUACGCCUUGUUCUUCUUGAUCUUCAAGCCCCCUUCUGCGCAGGUCAAGCAAGGUGACCUGGAACGUUAUUGGGAUCAAGCUCUGACACCCGUCAUGCGAAGACUCAUAGACAAGCAACUGAAUGGCAGAGACACAUGUGCGCACGUCAUCGUCAUUUUGACCGGGCUUUUUGACUGCUCUACCCAGAGAGUGUGGAAGCCGCAGCGCAUUUUUGACGGUUCUCCUAUCAGUCCUACAGAAUUGCUCGCCAUUGACCCCAAGUGGCUUCGUCGCAACUCCGGGAGAGUGUUUGGUGUUCUGGAGCCAAUACUGAGGAAGUCUUACCAAGAGCUGUCAAACACUAGGAGUGCGGCUCAUGGUCUAUGGCGUGCACUCCUUGGAGCCGUGGCCGCAGCUGGUUCCAAAGAGAUCAAAGUCUCUGCCGAAACCGCUGGCUUCUUGGGCCAUGCCCUUGGGCUCCUCGCCCGAAUUUGGGCUGAUGGCGUCCCAGUGCUGCAAUCCCAAAGCGGGGGCUCCGUGCAAUUCCUGGCCAGCACCAGAGAGUUUAUUCUGGUCAUGAUUGACAAGCUUGGACGCUUGCCGUUCACCGAGAAGGUGCUGGCAAUGGACCAAGAUAGAACUCUCGUCCCUUCAACGCCGUCACACCGCUCCGGCAAACAUCAAAAAAGCUCGCGAGCCACUAUUCAUCACAUGUUCUUGAUCUUGGCCGACUUACCGCCAGGUGUACUAGAUAACGAUGAUCUAAUCGACUUUUUUCGAACAGUCUUCACUCCUUUGCUCAACGCGAGAGACGCCCAAGCUCGCAAGAGUGCAGCACAGGAGCUGAUUCAGCUUGUUCCUGCAGACACUUUAUGCCCAGCAGCACCUUGGUCUUUUGUUGCCGAGCUGAUUGCUGCGGGGAUAGAGUCAUCCAGCGUUCACAGUACCCCUAACAGCUUGAGCAACGACGUACUGCUUGGACAGGAGUAUCGUGAAAUCGUUAAGAUUCUGGAACGAGGUCUGAUGCGAACGCAAAACCUUCCGUGGCCGAUAUGGCAAUCUUUGUACGACUCGCUACGCAAGCAGGUACGGCAAGCAGCCGGGGAUGCUGGGAUCGCAAUUAUCCUCAUUGAACCUUUGGCCAAGACUCUUCUGGAUGAGCUCCCCGAAGAUGAGUCGCUACCGUUGCGUAGCGUUGGAGGUUUCAUCCAUCUGAUUUCCUCGGCCACACAACCGCGGGAUCGACAAGCUCUAGAUGCCGCUCGCCGCAAUCUUUGGGGCACUUCAGCUACAGGCUCCAGGUCCGUAUCGUAUGAUCCCUUUGACAACCUCUACCGCCUUGCGAUAUCGAUACUUGUUCGUCUUUACAGUCUGAGGGAAGACUCCGAGGAUGCAGAGAAUGCUACAGUUGCCUCCUUGAGGGAAGUCGAAAACUUUUUCGGUAGAUGCACACGACAGCUUGAGCUUCAGACUUUAAGUACUUUACAGCCAGGCCUAGUUCCCUGGAUUAGGGAUGAAAACACCCGACUCAACAGUCGUUUGUCUAUACCUGCUGUCGAAGUAGCGAAAUCUCUCUGGGAUCGAGUCGUAGCUCUUAUAGGCAGUAUUGACACUCACGAAACAUUGCCUCUUUCCUCUUUAGAGGAUAUCUUGUGCGCUGCCUUCGAGAGCAAACACAGACAUAUUGUCAACUCAGUAUCGACUCUAUGGAACAAGAUGGUUGAGAACGCUGAUAACAUAUCAUACCCGGAUAAAUUGAAGGCUGUUCUGGUAUCCCGACAUCAUUUCAUAGACAUUAUUCUUCCUGGAAUCGACCUGUCCCAGAGCACUGCCUCUGCUGCACAUGCGCAGGGGCUAGACAUGAUUGACACUCAAGAAGACAUGAACAUGUUGGACACGGACUCAACAAGGUCAAGAUCACCCGUAAAGAAGGGUUUCACUCCGGUUAAGACUUCUACGAGCAGAAGACAAAGUCCUAGGAAAACACCGUCUGCUUCGAGCGGAGUCAGAAAGUUGUCAGUUAACAAGCGACGUAAAGCAAAGGCAAGCCCCAGGCUGCGUCACGAUGACUCCCAGAUAGAUUUCGCCCCCAUUCAUUCAUCACCUUCUGCAGUUACUUUUGAUUCCCAGGUCCUUACCGAGCGGCAGAAGGAGGUUCGGCUGAGACAAAAGGCCGCAGCUGCUAUAUUACCGGAGAUGAUGGGUGAUGAGGUGCAAGACACCAACAACUCUGGACCAGGGCCUUCCCUACAGCCGGUGCCGGAGCCAUCAUCGCCGGCCAACCGGGACUUGCCUCGGGCGACUACACCUGAGAAGACGGGUAUAUUUAAUGACUAUGUCAGUUCCACGCCUACCCCUCGGCGUGGCCAGCUUCUGCACAUAAUCGACAAUGACAACACCGAUCCCCCAUCAUCGCCACCGGAACCCAGGAGGUACCCACUGAUCCCUGAUCUCAAUGUUCGGGGUAGCAAUGGCAGUCUCUUGGACGAUUGGCAACUGUCGUCAUCACCGCCAUCCGGUACUCCUGAACCUGAGCCUGAAAUAUCAGAAGUACCGGCUGCUAUGCCAGUGCACGAGGACAUCGAUGACGAAAUGGUCAUCGACGAGACUGAGUAUGACCUCGGACAGAGUGAGGAGAUUGUAGAACCUGUGGAGAAACGAGACUCUGUACGCAAACCCACACCUUCGAGGCAACCACGGUCGGUCAACAGACCUACAAGACAGUCCACACGACCAUCGCUACCUACUACUCCACGACGGAGCCGCCGGUUCAACAAAUCAGCCCAGGGGACCCCCAGAUCAGGCGGUGAUAUGUCCGUCGAUCGUCUAAUGAGCCCGCAAGCGGCUUUAUCCCCGACAGAUCCUACGCCGACGGAUGACACAUCUUUUGAAGAAAGCAUGCUCAGGCUUGUGGUCGAACUAGACAGCCAGGAUCGACCCGUCACGAACUUUGUUGAGCCUACACCUUCGCCUGAAAAGAACCGUACUGUGCAAUCAAGCUGUGUUGCCGUUCAGGGUCCCCACGACGAAGUUCAGCAGCAGAGCAACUCGAGCAUCGCUCCGUUGGAAUGCAUUACCGUCGGUGGAAAGCACUUGAGACGAGGACGUGGACGACCCCCCAAGUCAAAAGAAGGCUCAACGCCACCACAAUCGACCGAUCCUUCUGAAAGGUUGGAGCCUAGCUUAGAAGACGCGCCUGAUCUGUCUCCCAGCAAACAGAAGAGAAAGAGGCAAUCAUCAUUCGUGGCCGAGGAUAGUGCCAACAUCAGUCCCAAGAAGCCCAAGCACCGACAAACCUCGGAGAGCCAACAAGAGACCCCCGUCAGUCAGGCAACGGGUCAGAUGGCAGCCCCAGGGGCAACAGCACAGGCGAGGACUAGAGGUGCGAUUGCACGAGAAAAACGCGCGUCUCAGACAGUCGGCGUUGUCGGAUGCUCGCACCAGCAAGUUGAAGAGGGGCUGGACAUCCUCCCCGACGGCGGUGUAGUAGCAGACACCGAGUCCCAGAUCCAGUCGCAGAUUGCGGAAGAGGAAGCAGAGAGCCGAAAGGCUGAGAGAACACAUAAGGCUCACGGAGCCAUGGUGAUAAAUGUCACCAAAGAGGCCGCAGUUACGGGCGCUGCGGAAGCGACAGCGGGAGCGUUCGCAUUCCCUCCCAGCGCUGCCAUUGCAGAAGUUUCAGGAGAGCAGAGUAAGACUAAUAAGCCGGCCGAAUCGCCAUUUGCAACCAUUUUGGCGAUGCUCAAGGGAGGCUUAGGAGCUCUUCAGGGGGCAAAUUUGUCCAAGAGCGAGGUUUCAGAGCUUGAGGACGUUUGUAUGGAUUUCAAACGUGAACUAUAUGCUGCGGAAAAAAGGGGGAGAGCUUGAUAUUUGUUGUGUAAACACCACUAAACAGUAAUGAUUCUGUGAGACGGAUGUCGUCUUACUAACGAGGGAGCAAUCCCGGGGUGCUUUUUUUCAGCAGGAUUAUUGGCACCGCAUAUUGAAUGAUCAUACCUUUUUCUUGUCAAGUUUCUUGGUUCCAAAAGCAGAUAGUUGAGGACGAUGGCACUGUCGAAGAGCAUCAAGUGCAUAUAGAUA